UCGCGGUGACGUCAUCAGCGGAAGUGGAGCACUCGGAUUCACACGGACUUUAAGGAGUUCAGCAACUGCGAGCUGCUCACCGAGGCUUUACGGGGUGAUAUUUACGUCGAAAAGCUUUUCUUUUUUUUUUUUAAUGUUCGGUAAAAAGAAUCUGUGGCUCUCCACGAAGCGUAUCGUAUGGACUGAAGUGAAGUGAAGUGAAGUGAAGCUGCGUGGCGCGCUGCUGUGGAACAGCACUGUGUUUGCGGUGAGGAGCUGCUCUCUCACCGUGCGUUCAACUGCUGCUUUUGAGAAGUUAGCAGGCUGGCGCUUGUGUUUUAUAUUUUAUCGUAACUGGUGUUCACUGCUGGGAGAGAGAGAGUGUGUGUGUGCAGUCAGAAGACCGUCUAAAGCAAAGGACAGGAAAGGAAAGUUGCUCUUGAGCGAAGCGUGAUCAGAUUUCCUGGAGUUUGUGAGUCCUGUGUUGGCUGCAGCUGUCUCUUCACCGCGCAGGAGCCUAGCUGUAAACACACACACACACACACACACGCAACAACACGACAUGGAUUCCAGCCAGCAAGAGCAGCUAGCGUCCAGAAAUCUCAGCUGGAGUUAAAGUUUUUCUGCAGAAUAGACUUUGUUGAGCAGUAGAAUCGUCAGCUUUGACCGACUCAAUGGCACCGAGUCGUAAAACGAGCCGACUGGAAAACAAAGGAAGGAUCUCGGAGCGCUUCUCUCGACUCAUUCAUGUGCAGCACACAAAGCCAUGGCGCAUCCAAAUGUGCGUGUAGACCCCAAGCUUUCAGUAUGACCUAAAACGUCGAGCAUAUUUCCCCAUAUAUAUAUAUAUAUUUUUUUUUAUUUUUUUGUCCUGGAUGUGCGUUUCUUGAAGAGACAAGGAGCUCUUUUAUGUGUGUGUGUGUGUGUAUAUAUUAUAAACAAACAAACAAAUAAACAAACUGAAACCAUCAAUCCAGCAUUUUGCUGCUACAUUAACUUCACUGAGUUGCCCAUCUGGUGCAUUUCAAUAGAAGAAGCUGGAAAUGUCUCUCAGUGGCUGGUGUGGGCUUUUCUUAGCUUUUGUGCUGCUCGGAUCUGCAAACUGUGCAGCAUCUCCUGAAUGUAAAUCCUAUGAAGAACGGUCCAAAACCGGUGGUCGGUCAGGAACAGCGGACAGGAAGGUGGUGUGUAGCAACAUGGAGCUCCAGCAGGUGCUGCCUGUCACCUCUUUUCCCAACAGAACAGUCACACUGAUCUUAAGCACCAAUAAAAUCCAGGAACUCCUAAAUGGCUCCUUUGUUGGUCUGUUCAUGCUUGAGAGGCUGGACAUAAAGAAUAACAUCAUCACCCGCAUUGAGCCAGGAGCCUUCCUUGGACUUACUGCUCUUAAAAGACUGGAUUUAUCCAAUAAUCGUAUUGGCUGCCUCAAUGUGGAUAUAUUCAAAGGCCUCACAAAUCUGGUCAAACUCAACCUUUCAGGGAACAUGUUUUCAUCUCUUUCUCAAGGGACCUUUGACAGCCUCGUUUCUCUGAAAACACUGGAGUUUCAGAGCCCUUAUCUACUGUGUGACUGUAACCUGCAAUGGCUGGUGCGCUGGAUUAAAGAGAAGGGUAUAGCAGUGAAGGACACGCGGUGCUCCUACCCUCGCUCACUACAGGGCCAGCUCAUAACCUCCCUUAAACCUGAAAUGCUCACCUGUGAUGCACCUCUGGAGCUCCCCUCUUUCCAAAUGACUCCUUCCCAGCAUCAAAUAGUUUUCCAGGGGGACAGCCUGCCUUUCCAGUGCAUGGCCUCCUUUGUGGACGAGGACAUGCAGGUGCUCUGGUAUCAGGAUGGCAAGAUGGUGGAGUCUGAUGCCACACAGGGAAUCUACAUAGAAAAGAGCAUGGUGCAGAACUGCUCCCUUAUUGCCAGUGCUCUGACCAUCUCCAACAUCCAGCCAGGCUUCACGGGAGACUGGGAGUGUCGAGUGCGCACUAGCCGAGGCAACAACACGCGCAUGGUGCACAUUGUUGUUUUAGAGAGCUCUGCCAAAUACUGUGCUCCUGAAAGGGUGUCCAACAAUAAAGGAGAUUACAGAUGGCCUCGCACACUGGCAGGCAUCGUGGCGUACCUGCCCUGUGCGCGACAGGUAACAGGCGCAGGCAUCUACUCGGGCAGCUCGGCUGAAGACCGACGUGCCAGGAGACGAUGUGACCGCAGUGGGCACUGGGCUGAGGAGGAUUACUCCCGCUGCGAGUACAUGAAGGACACCACCCGCGUGCUUCACAUCAUCAACCAGAUGGCUCUGAACCUGACAAAUGCAGUGCAUACAGCACAGCAGCUUCUGGCUUACACAGUAGAAGCCCCUAACUUCUCAGACAAGGUGGAUGUGAUCUUCGUGGCUGAGAUGAUUGAGAAGAUUGGGAUGUUUGCUGAGAAAUAUAAAGAGUUAGGGGACGUGAUGGUGGAUAUCUCCAGUAAUCUGAUGCUGACUGAUGAGCGAGUGUUAUGGAUGGCACAGAAGGAGGCGCGAGCUUGCUCACGCAUCAUUGAGAGUCUACAAAGGAUCGCAGUUCUCCGGCUGUCUAGUGGAUCUUACUACACUAACUCCCACAACAUUGCUGUGGAGGCGCAUGUGAUUAAGGCCAGCAGUUUUAACGGCAUGACCUGCACGCUGUUCCAGAAGGUGGCACCAGAGCGCACUAUGAUUCCCCACCUGGGAAAUUUAAACCAUGACUUUAACCUGGACCGGCAGCUCAGCUUCAAAUGCAAUGUCACCAGCAAUCUCUCUGCCCUGGCCCUAAAGAACACAAUAGUGGAGGCAUCGGUACAGCUGCCUCCCUCUCUCUUCUCCUCUCUGCUGAGCUCUGGUCAAGCUGAUGAUGGCAUUUAUAAGCUGCAGUUGCUGGCUUUCCGCAAUGGCAAGCUUUUCCCCCCUACAGGCAAUUCCACCAAGAGAAGAAGCGUUGUCACUCCUGUCAUCCUCACCAAGAUCGAGGGUGUCUCUCUGCAGUCUCUGCGCAGUCGGGUGAACGUGACCCUGCGGCGCUUUGUGCAGGGUAUUGACCCUGUGGCUGCACGCUGGGAUUUCACUGCACAGGAGGGUCAGGGUGGCUGGCAGUCGGACGGCUGCACCAUCCUCCAGCAUGAUGCCAACUUCACUACACUCUCAUGUGACUCGCUCAGUAACUAUGCCCUUCUGAUGGAUCUGACUAGGACAGAGCCCACCAUGCACAGCUUUAAGCCACUUCACCCAGUCAUCUACAUAACAGCUAUCAUGCUUAGUCUCUGUCUGCUGGCCAUCAUCGUCAGCUACAUUUAUCAUCACAAGUCUGUGUGUAUUAGCAAGAAGUGCUGGCACAUGCUGGUUAACCUGUGCCUGCAUAUCCUCCUUACGUGUGCUGCAUUCGCUGGGGGCAUCAACCAGACUUCCUAUGCCAGUGUGUGCCAAGCGGUGGGCAUUGUGCUGCAUUACUCCACACUGGCUACAGCCUUGUGGUCAGGCGUCACAGCUCGGAACAUCUAUAAGCAGGUCACACGCAAGACCAAACAAUACGAAGAGCUGGACGAGCCUCCUCCCCCACCCCGACCCAUGCUGAGGUUUUACCUAAUAGGUGGAGGCAUUCCCAUAAUUGUUUGUGGCAUAACUGCAGCUGCUAACAUCAAAAACUAUGGAGGUCGGCCUGGUGCACCUUACUGUUGGAUGGCGUGGGAGCCUAGUUUGGGCGCAUUCUAUGGUCCAGUGGCCUUCAUCAUCUUUGUGGACUGCAUGUACUUCCUGAGUAUACUUCUUCAGCUACGGCGUCACCCCGAAAGACGCUUUGAGCUUAAAGAACAGCCAGAGGAGCAGCAAAGACUCUCUGUGGCUGAGAUUGCUAGUGGUCCCUCUGCCCAUGCAGAGGCAUCUGGACCAGUAUCUCUGUCAGCACUUGAGAAUGAGCACACGUUCUUAGCGCAGCUGGCUGGCGUGGCUGGAGCUUUGGCACUCUACGCACUGCUGUGGCUGUUUGGUGCCCUGGCUGUUUCUCAGGAGCAUCCACUGGAUUUGGCCUUCUCCUGCCUCUUUGGUGUGGCUGCCUUGGCCCUCGGAGCCUUUCUUGUUGGCCAUCACUGUUUUAUACGGCAGGACAUGCGCCGCCACUGGGCACAGGCCUGCUGCCUUGGACACCAGAGGUAUGCCGUGCAGGUUGACGCCCUCCUGGCACCGAUGACAGGGGCCUCUGGGGAUGGGUCAACCAAUACAGGAAAUGGCGAGGUAGCACGUUGCCAUACUAGUGGAACUGAGUCAUCUUGUACCAAUAAGAGUGCACCAAGUGUACGCAACUCUACCCAAGGCUGCAAGCUGACCAAUCUGCAAGUAGAAGCAGCUCAGUGCAAAGCAGUUCCUGCACCAAACAAUGGCACUGCUCUAUUAGACAACAGCUUAACCGAGCAUUCGUUGGAUAAUGAGAUCAAGAUGCAUGUAGCUCCAGUUGAAGUCCAGUAUCGUCCCAAUAUUAGCAGCAGUGGCCACCCUGGAAUGGGGAGUGUCAACGGCAACAUCAACGGACACCCUGGGAGGCACCAUAAGAACCGAGCACGGGCGCACCGCGCGAGCCGACUCACCGUUUUGCGGGAGUAUGCCUACGACGUGCCCACCAGUGUGGAGGGCAGCGAGCAUAGUGUCCCCCAGAGACGCCACCACCACGAAAGCCUACAUGCCCGCAACAGCCGGCGUGCUGCAUACCUGGCGUACCGCGAGCGCCAACAGAGCCAGCUGCAGCAGGACAGCAGUGACGCUAGUGCCAGCCUGCCCCGUCGCACCCGCCAGUGUGACAGGGGCGUCAGCAAAGGCUCAGGCACUAGCAUUGUAAACGGCCUCGGGAGCAGUCGUCUCCGGAGCAGUAUGGGAAGCGGCCUUGGUAGUGGGACAAUUAACAGCCAAAGCAAUGGGGUUAGUAAUGGAUGUGUAGUAGGGGAAGAAGCUGAGACUGAAAUGUCAAACUCAGUCAAAGAUUGCCCAAAGCAGCCCCUCCCUGUUGAACUGGAAGUUCAGCCAAAGUCAUAUGGGCUGAACUUGGCAUCAGAGAACGGACUCGCUAAAAGCUCAGAGAGGCAACAGAACCUGUCGCCUCUUAAUACAGACAGCUCAGCAACCAUUAAGACUGGUUUGUGGAAACAUGAAACUACAGUGUAGUAAAAGUUCCAACCUCAGAGACUGUUAUUUACACUUUUUCUGUCUAACUGUGAACCUUUUUUUUAAUUUUCAUUUUCGACAGUAUAUUUUAAGUGUUUGAAGAAAACAGAAUUUAUAAAUUAGUUGUUUUGAAGAAGUCACCUCUUAGUAUACCACUUGCUAAUUGUUAUAGACGAUCUAUAAAUGAUCUAUUUUUAUAUCUUUUAUUUCUUUUUCAUAUGUGCACAUAAUUUUGUAUGAUAAGGUGCACAACAUCUGGGCAUAGAUAGGGUUGGUCUUCUGUUCGAACCUUUUCUGGCAUAGUUAAGCAGUUGCAAAAUGCAUUUGCGAAAUUAAAAAAAAAAUGGCUCAGUUGCUUUGUUUGAUCCUGCACCAAAUCAAAUUAAUAGCUAAGCAUUCAUCAGAUAUCAUUAUCCAGUCUCUAGUUAAUGUAAUUGAUUCACAAUACAACAUAGUAUCUGUUUCCAAAAAGUCACAUUCUUUAAUUGUUUAACUGAGAUUGGAGUUUUGCAUCUGCCUGUUUUUCUGCAAAGUGGAGGUGCCAUUGCUGCAGUGUUAAGAAUAUCCUUGCCCACUACUUCCUGAAUCAGCGCCUGCACUGUAAUUGAGUGCUGAAAUCCCCACUGUCCCGCAUUCCUUUUUCUCCAAUUUUGCUAUAAGUCUGAUAUGGCCUAAUGGAAGCAAUGCUCAGUGGAAGCAGGAUGAAAGUUAAUUUUGCUUGGAUUAAAAAAAUUUGACAAAUUUUAUCAGAGUCCAUCUACAAAAAAAAAGUCAGCAGAGACAGUUGUGCAAUAUUUGUCCAGUACACUAGUUAGCUGGACAUUUAACUUUAUAUUUCUAGUUACCUACAAGUGAGUUCAUGUGUUAUCUGAAUGAGUAUGUAUGUGUUAACAGCUCUCACAAACUGCACAAUGCUGUAUUUGCUUCAGUGCCUGCAUCACUGCAGUGCAUAGAAAUAGCUCAAAUUUCUUCAUUGGCACACUAUUUUUAUUCCCAUGUCUGAGCAGUGCGUGGAUUUCACAUUUUUAUAUGGCUUCUUCCAACCAGUCUGUGCUCUCUCACACCACCCACAUUAUCAGUACUAAAGUUUAGAACCUUUGAGAAAAGAAAAUUAAUGGAAAUCAAAAACUACAUACUGUAUUUAAGUGUCUUAAGUAAAUCUUUUCCACUCACAGCAUGAACAGUUGUGUUGAGUUUAUGCGGUAAUACACUGCAGCUACAACAUGGAUAAAGCAGUGAAGUUCAGGAAUUCUCUCUAUUCAGUCUAGCGCAGGGGUGUCAAACUCAUUUUAUGUAAUGGACCACACUAUACUUAGACCAAUGCCAAGUGAGUCGAACCAAAAAAAUCAGUUCACCUCAUCAACUUCUCUUAAAUGUGUUCAUUUAUUAUCAUUUCUGUGAAAGUUGCAUUCUCAUUAAACACACAUCACCUACAA